AUGGACCGGGAUCCUCUUCAUGACAGUGUCCUCGAGGAAGCCAGUAUGGAAGCAGAGGACACCGACGAGGGCAAUGCAAGCUCGGCUCCUACCUCUCCAAUGACAGCUGCAGAGCGGGCGCCCUUGCCCGAUCACGUCCCACCUCAUGCGCCGCCAUAUGGACCUCCUCCACCCCAACCGGUCAAUGCUCCGUCGACAAUGGCCCACUUCCGAGCUCGUCGAACUGAACCCAGUGCAGGCUCCACCUCGACUUCAGCUGGAGUAGACUCCAUGGGCAUAGCUGCCACGUGGCCAACCCGGGCUCCCUACGGUGAGGCAGGCGACGCUCCACGAUGGCACCGCACUUUGGCGGCCAACAUCCUCCACCACCUCCAGCUGACCGGACCGGCGUAUGUGAGGGCCCCGGAGUAUGCCGAAGUCGCAACCUGGCGAUCUCUCCUGAUCAGCCUCAGGGAGGCCACGCCGGCCGAAGAGUACAUGCUUGCCAGAACAGACCCGCAGGACCUCAACAACGCCGUGUACGAUGACAACGUCGACAAUGGAGUCCAUGAGGCAGGUGGGGUAGAAACGGCACCGGAAUCCGAGGGACGUACUGAUGACCCAAACACCUCGGAAGCAGACUCGGAGAGCGAUCGAGACCGGACCGCAACAAGACCUCCCUCUGCUACCAUAGCCCCUGCCCUGGCGACCACCUCUAUCAUUGCAGCCAUGCCACCUCCAAGCGGCCAUCUACCUCCUGAUGACUCGGCAGAUUCAGAGCCCGAUGCAAGCGGCACGCUGUAUGAAUCAGAGGACGGGUGGAACACGAUCCAGAUCGAGGUCCCGCUCGCCAGCACCGGACUCGGGUACCCCUCGGCCAGCCGCCUGACACAUACCUGCGUACUCCCUCACAGCGAGGUCAACCAGCCGGCACAGUGGUGCCCCCAACGUGACCCAGUCCAGUGCUGGUGCUUCAGCCACUGCCACGGCAUCUGCCACAUCUCCUUUACCGAGUGCUUCCACAACAUUGCCUCCUUUGGCUUCGGCUCAACCCGCUACCGCGGGCGUACCCUGCGGGCACAGGACGUGCCCUCUCAGUUUCGAGUGCCACAAGUGGGCCAUCAUGUGCUGCCUAUGCCACAGCAUCCACCGGAGGAUGCUCAGGACUUGGUUGAUCUAUAUCGCACCUUUGACCUUGUAGAAUCACAGAUUGACUUCCUGUGGGUACGAAGACGUGAUGCAACGUCGCAGGCCAAGCAGGCCUAUGCAAUGAGAAGCUUCCAUGUGGGCCGCAUUGGACUCGUACCACAGCACGGGCUGUUCACUCUAUUGAUCGAGAGGUCCAUGUGGGACAAGUGGAGGGCCUUCAAACACGUCGGCUCCAACUACGAGAUGCUCAAGGACACAUGCUUGAUGCUGCCCAAGAGGUCCCUGGUCCACUUCUGCCGCUCCGGCCCUUGUAAGAAAGUCCUAAGCUGCCUGGUUGGACCCUACAUACCCCAGAUGCUUGCUGCUAUCCAACAGUUUCCGCAAUACGCCUACCAGCAAGGUCGGGCACAGUACGAUGCACUGCGCAGAGCUUUCAAGCAUUGUGCCUCUGUCAGGGAAGAACUUGGCCACCAUCGCAGGGACCUGCACGCCCGGAAAGCAGGCCACAGGCCCACUCCUCUUUUUGGUGCCUUGAUGCUAACCUUAGAUCUGUCACAGGCGUUCGACAGAAUGCCUCGCCACCAUCUUCUCCAAGGAAUGCGUGACCUGCAGCUGCCUGAUAGUCUUGUUGCUGUGCUCAUGCAGUGGCACUCACAAAUCCGGUAUACCGUGCAUCAUGCUGGCCAGUCCUGCACCUUCCCAGCAAGCCGUGGCAUUCGCCAAGGCUGCUCUGCAUCCCCUCUUUUAUGGCUGGUAUUCUCGCAUGUCCUGUGCACUCAGCUUGCGACCCGCAUUGGCAAACACAAGGUGGACCAAAUUCUCACCGUCUUUGCCGACGACCACUUUGCAGCUGACAGCUUUCAUAGUCUUCCGGAGUUUGAGGCCCUUCUUGACUGCAUUGUCGCUCUGUUCUGCACCCUUGAAGCCUUUGGCAUGGAGGUCAGUGAUGCCAAAUCUAAAGCCGUCUUGGCCUUAAGAGGCACCUUGAGCAACACCAUCACCCGCAGAUAUGUUCGCAAGGUCCCGGGAGGCAAAGUUCUUCGCAUUCAACUUCGCAAUCGCGUCCUGGCCAUUCCCCUGGUCUCACAGUUUACGUACCUCGGUGCUCAGGUUAGCUAUCAGGCUUUUGAGAACCAAACUCUGCAGUAUCGGCUAGAGAAAGGAACUGCCACCUACAAUCGCCUUGGCUCUGUUCUCAAAGGGCGCCAUCAUCUGACUGCCGCCCAGAGAAUCGAUCUGUGGAAAUCCUGUGUCUGGAGCAGCAUCUCCUAUGCACUGCCGGCCUGUGGCCUCACCCCCUCAGGUCACAAAACUUUGGAGACUGCUGUGAUCAAGCACCUCCGUGCCAUUCUCAGAAGCCCCGUCCAUCUCACCUUCACAAGUAAUGCCGAGAUAGCUCAACAGGCGGGUCUCGAACUGCCGCAUCGUAUGCUGCAGAAACUCCUCCAGACGGAGGCUCGUAGAAAAUCCAAUGCAUCAUCACCAGUCGACCCCUUCAUCUGUACCCCUGCUGAUUCAUGGUGGACGCAGGUUGAAGAGAGUCUUCAGCCACCAGCUGAGUCGACUACGAUUCAAGUGCCUUCCCUGACUGUUGCAAAGUGCGCCUGCCCGAUAUGUGGCAUUACAUACGCCCUCAGAUCUGCACUGCUUACUCAUGUAGCCAAGCAACAUCCGGAGAGUCUGCUUGAACUUGAGCAACCAACUUUUGAUCGGGCCGUUGAUGCUAUAGGAGGAAUGCCCCAGUGUGCAGCGUGUGGAAAACGAUUUUCGACUUGGCAGCUUCUUCAAAGACACGUGGAAGGCAAUUACUGUGCCGCGAAACAUGAGUUGCUGCCUGCCGCCCCGAUCGAGCCAAUUGUGCCAGCAUCCAAGCGACCCGCACUCUUUGCUGAAUCACCAUGGCCUGACCUAGUUAAGACAUAUGCAUCCCGCGCUAUCUACCACUUCAAAGCCAACGAAGUCUACCUUCAGCACUGCUUAGUUUGUGGACAGUGGGUUGCCUCGCAUAAAGCCAUGAAGCUGCACUACCGUCGUACACAUGCUGAGUUAUUCCGACUCCACAACGAUACUGCCCAUAAGUUGUGUCAAUCAUACCCCCGCUGUAGCUCUCCGUGCCACUUUUGUAAAGCCAAACUUGCCCAGCCUAAAGCACAUAAUACCCAGUGUACUGUUCUGUGGCAAUUCUGCAUCAGCUAUACAGCUGCACACAGAAAUGGCGGACCAACAGAUCCAAGAGAUCUUCGGGCCAGUGGCCCUGGAGGGAGCGGGCAAGCUGGCCACUCUUCUCAUGGAGGACAUGUCGGACAACGAUCGUCCGUCCAAGCACCCCAAGACGGACAAGCGCCAGAGGGCGCCCUUCUCAGAGCCUUCAGGAGGGGGCUUCGGCCCCCGUUACAGGGGGCAGAAUCGACACGGUCGCCAGGACAAGGAGGCAGCUUUGAUCAAGGCGAUGGGCAGAUUGGUGAUACGCCAAGAGACCCAAUUGCAGGUCCUGAAGCAAAACUCUGCCUGGACCCUCUACUUGAAGCCGGGCCAAGCCGGGGCCAUGCCGAUUCUGUUCAAAGCUGCAGCCACAUAUCGCGAAGCCUCGAAGACCAAGUUCAUGGAAGCUCCCCUCCGGGCGGUCCUGCUGAGCACCCUGUUUCAGACUCUGCUUACAUGCCUGCAGAACCUGGCCGCGCAACCGGAUCAGCAAACUCAGGCCAAAACCAAAGGCUGGCUGAACAACGAGGGCAAAUGGGUAUAUCAACGUUGGGACCCCGAGAACCAGACCCUCACGACCGACGCCUCAAGAGCAGCAGUGACACACCAAGAGAUCGUCAAUCAUGUUACCCUGUUGGUGACAGCAGUGACGGAAAAGGACGUGAUUCAUCGCUUCAAUGCGACGAACGGUCUACCGGCCAAUCCAGAGCAAAUCACGACUUUCCUCUUGGAAGUGGGACUGAGGGCCACGGGAGUCGAGAAGGUCUGGGCAGCCCUCGAGUUCCUAUCGAACUCGACGGCCCUACAGCUGUGUGGCAUGCAACUCAAACGGGACAAUCUCAAGAGGAGCUCGCUUGCCAACGACGUGCAGAAAUUGCUGCAGGAAUACACAGGCUCUGCUUGAUCAACCGUUCCCAGCAUUGCUAUGCCAACUCAUUUGCCUUUGCACUGCUGUGGUGUCAUCAGCUCCUGAAGGUGCCUGAGGCACAGCUCUUUGGCACCAAAGUGCAGGCGUGGAGAGAUGUCCUCUACCACUCAACUAGUGUAUCUCUGUUCAGGCUGCAAUCAUGGGCCUCAUUAUGGCGUGGGUGGGAGCGGCCAUCGGCACAGCACGACGAAUGCAUUCUCCCAUCAUUCUGCACAUACAACCGCGGCAUCAAACACUGCAGGACUGUCUUGAUGGAUGGCACAAUCAGGUGCAGCCGCAUGCUCUCUGUCAAGCCUCAUCCCUGUGCUUUGUACAACUGGCCAGGUAUGAUUUUGAUAAUGGGGUGGCUGUCAAGAACAGCCAGGCUAUUACGAUUCCUGACUCAAUCUUCGUGCCGAUUUGGGGCCGACAUCUCACGACCUUCAGAGCCAGAUACACUGUAG